CGAGUAAAUACUUUAGAUUUUUUAGUUUCAAAAAUCCAAAUCGGUAUACCUUCCUCCUUUAAGACCAUGAAGCGAAGGGGGAUAGGUGCGGAUGUGGACGCCGCCACCGGCGAUAAGCUGCGAGAUACUGGAAGAGGCAGUGGCAGUGGGGAUCGAUGUGCAACGCAAUGCGGCGUCUUCCACAGACGAUGCGUGAGCGUGGACAAGCUCGUGGUCGCCUACUUCGCAGUUACCGUGUGCGAGCAGGCUCGGCUGUCCAGUUCCGCGCUCGCGGUGAUGUGGGUGCUUCAUCGGGCGAUGAUAAGUGGCUCGCUCGCAUGAAAAAGUUUCACCUGCCUAACACGAUUCCCGGAAGUUGACACGAAGGGUUGACAGUGUCGUGCGCCUUGUGUGGCUCCACCCUGGUCGAGAGCGUACACAUAUACCAGAUUGAGUUACGGCUUCCGGCCAAGCAUUGCAUGUCCACUACUCGUAGAUAAAGCCCCAGUUUGACUAGGAGAGUGUCCAAUGCGUCGAUUUCAAGAUCAAAUGUGAUAUCUUUUGAUUCUUUCCUAGAAUUGGUUGGAUAUGAAGACAGUCCUCUAGUUGCAAGACCUAAGCGAAGAUGGGAUCAUCGUAGUCAAUGACCCGGAAGUCGUGCAUAACAGCAGCAGUUUCGUCAUCAGUCGGCCGGGAGACGGUAGCGACAUGCUUACGAGUGCUGCCUAUUGCGGACGUUGUCCGGAUGAAACAGACUGGGUCUCGCGCUUUAUCGGACUCGUCGCGCCUUAUGCGGUCAGCCGUGACGACGUCGCGUGGGCGGCCCCGCUUGACAGCUUCUACGAAAACGGAAUCGCAUCGCCCAGCGAUUUUUACGACGGUAGUUUUUUCGGCGCACCGGAAGCGCGCAGUCGCCAACAGGGCACCACCGUCUACGUGUCGGAAAGACUUGAGAUACGCGUGAAUAAACCGGAACGCGUCAACUCUGAGGAUGAUGCCGUAUACAGCAGCAGCGCAGCUGUUGUUUGCCUGCACGGCGUGCCAAUGGCGAAGCUUCUGGAGCUCCCGAGAUGGCAGCCGUCAGUUGACAAGUUUCAAUGGGAGCUGUCACCGGACCAGCCUGCGGAAGUUGGUACUUGGCUUUCGUGGCGCCUUGAAGCUCAGGCACUCAAAAACAAAUUGCAGACAAAAUCUUCAUCGUCAACUGCAAUGCCGGUUGUCCAUUCUUCACCGACCGAGACGAGAAAUGGAGGGUGCGGCCUCUUCUUGUUCUUGCAAUACUACAGGGUCUGCACUAUCGCAGCGUGGCACCACCACCUGUCUUACGCAGGGUUGUGUCGAACCUGUUAAAGUUCAAGGCUCAGCGCUUCGCGGCUUAAGUGAACUGCUCCAGCAAGCGGCUGGCGAGGACAAACAACUACGAGAGCUUUGGAUGAAGACAGCAUCUGAAAGGGACGCUCUGAAGGAGGCGUUGAAAUCGGCGAAAGGUGCAUUGGAAGUUGAGAAAAAAACUCGAAGGGUGACCGACGAACUGGUGCGAAAACUGCGAGGAGAAAACAAGAAAUUGCGUGAGGAAAUAGCAGCAGCGAAGGGAACUUCUGGAAAUACAGAUCACAUGCUUUCGGAGUGGGAGAAUGCGACCGGUAACAAGAAUAUUACGUGUAGUACUAGUGGCAGCGCAUCGUCGUCUUCCUCCUCGUCCGCCUGCUCAUCCCAUUGGGAAUUGAUGCCUGCUGCAGUGUGUCACAAGUUAGACAAUUUGUAUGCGCAGUAUAUCAGAUGCAAGCCGACGUCGGGCAUGAACGAAUCCAAUAAAAGUCCACCAACAGCAUCGAGUAGUUCUUGCAGGAGCAACGACAUUGAUGGCGCCCCGCUAUCGCACAGUUAGAUCCAUGGAAAAUCUGUCGUUUCGCAGCAGAGGCACGCUGCCCUUCGCUUUGUAGAGCGCUUUGAAAUAGGGGCGAACCGCUACCGCUUCGAUUUCCAAGAGAUGACGCAAGA